GGUACAUUUUGACUAAUGACUUUUCUUGGCUACCAGAGCAACAAUCAAGGAGGGUCUAGAGAGAGUAUAACAGACCCUUCUAACCUUGCUAAAAAUGGUCCUCAGUCUGGCCUCUUGUUUGCUGGAAAGUUUGUUGAUAAUACGAAUCUGGGGGAACAAAUAUCUCUCUCGAACGUGCAGAAUGUAGCAGAAGCUGAUGUGAAUCUUGUUCCAAUGCAGUCAAACUAUUAUGCUUCUGUUGGUAGGGGAUCUGAUUUUAUGCAGCCUCAAGAGAGAUUAAUUACAGACUCUGAAAACUUAGUAUCUCAUUCUCAAUCUGAGUGGCAAGGUUCAUCCUGCAUGGCCGAUUGCACUGUCGGCUGUGAAAAUGAUCAAGAAUUGACCAUAGAUGAGGGCACAAUUAACUUUUCUAGCAUCUACUCCCAAGGUUUGUUGACUACGCUAUCACAAGCGGUUGCUAGUUCAGGAUUAGACCUGUCGCAAGCAAGCAUUUCUGUACAGAUUAAUCUUGGUAGGCGUGCAAUCAAAAGGCCUACCAACACUAAUGUGUCCGAUGGAAAGGAUCUGUCUGACCCGUCAAUUAUGAAUCAAGCGAUUGGGGUGCCCGGGCCAGGGAGCAACUUUUCAGAGUCCGAACAAACUAAGAGGCAAAAGGUAGACAACAGCUAAUGCCUAUUGUGCCUGUGAUCUCCUGCCAAAUGAACUGGUGGUGUAUGAGCAAUAUUGUGUAUUCUUUGUAUUCUGCAUCAUAUUUUGUGAGGUUUUCAUGUAGUGGUCCUUGUUAACCGGCUAGCAGCACGAAUUGUACUGAUCAAGAAACACAAUUGCUUUCCUCCUAUGCUUAAUUCGAUUCAUCUGUCUAGUUUAAA